AUGGCCAAUACAACCCCUCCUGAAACGCAACAAAGUCACAGCGAUAGUGAUAGUGAUGUUGACGUUGACCCAUCUCUCGUUAACCUCUCGUCUACUGACAAACGACGAGCUCGCAAACUUCGCUUCCAGUCAUGGUUACAGAAGAAUGCCGUCCAAGAAAUUCGUAGUGUCGCCCAAGAGCUGAAUCGUGCCACCGCCGACGAUGAACUGUCAAUUCGACAGCUACUCGCUAGCCAGGAAACCACUCAGAUCAUCACCACCCCUAGAGAGUAUCAGCUUGACCUCUUUCAGCGUGCUACCCAGCAGAACACCAUCGCUGUGCUGGAUACUGGCUCCGGCAAGACUCUGAUCGCUGUCCUACUUCUGCGCCACACGAUCGAGGAAGAGCUGCAAGCUCGUCUGGAAGGAAAGCCCCAUCGCAUUUCUUUCUUCCUGGUGCCCUCUGUGCCACUCGUCUUCCAACAAUUCUCUGUGCUUGAGCGCAACCUCGACUACCAUCUUGAUCGCCUUUGCGGCGCCAUGAUGAGUGACAAGUGGAACAAGCAAGCAUGGGAAGAACGUUUUGCAAAAACUCAUGUCAUUGUCUGCACUCCCGACGUCCUCAAGAGUUGUUUGAGCUGUUCCUUCAUCUCCAUGCGUCAAAUCAAUCUCUUGAUCUUCGACGAAGCCCACCACGCCAGGAAAGGACAUGCUUAUGCCCAGAUCAUAAAGGACUUCUAUCUGACUGAGGUGGACAUACAAUGCCGACCCCGAAUCUUUGGUAUGACUGCCUCCCCUGUCGAUGCAAGGGUCGAUGUGCGCCAAGCUGCCAGGGACCUCGAGAACAUCUUGCACAGUAAAAUCGCUACGGCCCGCGAUCUCACCCUACUCCAAAAGGCUGUCACCAAGCCCGAUGAAAAGUAUCUGCCUUACACGACUAACCACGCCAUCACUUCACCAAGCCAACUUUUUCAAGAUUUGAAGAGCCAAUUCGGCAGCAUCAAAUUCCUCGAUGACCUGUUUGAGCGGGCUAUCAAGGUUCGCACUCACUUGGGCGAGUGGUGUGCCGAUCGAUACUGGGGUUUUGCUCUGUCCGAGGACCGGGCGAAAAAGAUGGAGAACCGUGUCGAGAAGGCGGCGCGAUCCAAGGGCACCAUAGAAGAUGCCGAUUUCGAACUUGAACAGAUCCGCAAGGCGAUGGAUAUGAUUUCAAACUACAACUUUGGCAGGCCUCAAAUCGACCUCUCGGAUCUCAGCGAAAAGGUCCAGAAACUGUAUACCUACCUUGAACAUCAUUAUGAGCGACCCUCAGACUAUCGCUGCAUUGUGUUCGUCGAACAACGCAGUACCGCAUACCUACUUCAUAAGGUCUUCGAGACCAUCGGAGGGCCUCAUCUACACGCAGGGCGACUCAUUGGAGCAGGAACUGGUCGUCUCGAUGACGUCCAAUCUACGUUCCGCAAUCAAGUAGUGACCCUUAUCAACUUCCGCAAGGGACAACUGAACUGUCUCUUUGCGACUUCCGUCGCCGAGGAAGGUCUGGAUAUACCAGACUGCAACUUGGUGGUGCGCUUCGACAUCUGCAAGACGAUGAUUCAGUAUGUACAGUCUCGGGGACGUGCACGACACAAGAGUUCCAAAUUCUUGCACAUGACGGACAAGAAUAACUGGGAUCACGAGAAUACUUUGUUCAAGAACCGGGGUGCAGAGCAAGUCAUGAGAUCUUUUUGCGAAGCUCUUCCUGCCGACCGUCAGCUUGAGGGUGGCGAUGAUAUGAUCUUCACGCAAGACAUGAUCAGUCUCUACCCUACUCACGUCAUACUCACGACUGGUGCGAAAAUCACUUUUGGCUCUGCACUUCAAAUCUUGUCACACUUUGUGGACAGUCUACCCAAAGAAGGCGAGGAAGCUUUUCAGCUUGCUUAUAUCAUCACGAAUCAGGGUGGACGUUACAUUUGCGAGGUCAUCAUUCCUGAGCCCUCACCAGUCCGCUCAGUUAUCGGAGACUCUAUGGCAAAGAAGUCACUUGCUAAGCGAUCGGCUGCAUUCAAGGCUUGCAAGGAACUCGUGCUGGCAAAGCACCUCGAUGCCAAUCUCGUCCCUAUCUACACGAAGAAACUGCCGUCGAUGCGUAACGCAGCAUUAGCUCUGAGUUCCAAACAAACAGGUAUGUAUGACAUGCGCAUCAAACCUCGUUUCUGGGAGCAUGGACAGAGCUCGAUUCCAGCUGUUGUGUACUUCACUCACCUGGAUAUGCCACACGGACUGGACCGACCUCACCAACCUCUCCUUCUUGUCACCAGGGGUAAGAUGCCACACUUCCCAGAAUUCCCACUGUUCAUGAACGACGCUCGCAAAACGAAUGCGAAACUGACUUCACUAAAAACGGCUUGCGAAAUCAACGAGGCUCAACUGGCCAAGCUCACUACUUUCACCUUGAGCAUCUUCAAGGACCUUUUCAACAAGACAUACGAGUUUGACGUGAUGGAAAUGCCUUAUUGGUUGAUACCAUCUGUUCAUGUCGCUCCUCAACUUGCAGACACCCAAGUCGAUCCGUUGCAGCUUAUCGAUUGGCCGACUGUGAAUUACGUUUGCGACAACAAAGGUACGCAGUGGUCGCCUGAUACGCCUAAUCCAUUUUUGGUAGACAAGUUUUUCAUCGAUCCAUGGGAUGGUGGACGACGCUUCUUCUCAAAUAGGGUUGCACCUGAGUACAAGCCUUCGGACCCCAUCCCUGAAGGCUGCGUAGCUUCAAAGAGACAAACUGACAUUAUCGAUUAUACUGUCAGUCUGUGGCACAAGACACGUAAGAUGAAAAAGACUUCUUGGAACCUCGAUCAACCUGUUUUGGAAGCCGAAAGGGUGCUUCAUAGACGCAACAUGCUCGCGGAGCCCACGACCAAGGAGGAGCAAGAAGGUUCAAAGAUCCGAAGCUACAUAUGUCCGGAGCCACUGAUCAUAUCUUCUCUUCCAACAUCUGUCGUGACGACCUGUUACGUGUUUCCAGCCGUCAUACAUCGUAUCGAUGACUACCUCAUCGCAAAGGAAACUUGUGAGGAGCUUCACCUGAAGGUCGAUCUACCAUUGGCUUUGGAAGCCAUGACCAAAGACUCCGACAACACGGAAGAGCAUCAGAAUCAUGAGCGCAUCAAUUUCCAGCGUGGUAUGGGGAAGAACUAUGAGCGUCUCGAAUUUCUAGGGGACUGCUUCUUGAAGAUGGCUACUUCGAUCUCGACAUUCACACAAAAUCCAAACGACAAUGAGUUCGAUUUUCAUGUGAAACGCAUGUUACUUCUGUGUAAUCAGAAUCUCUUCAACGCAGCGCUGAAGCUGAAACUCUACGAGAAUAUCCGUAGUAGCUCUUUCUCUCGUCGUACAUGGUAUCCUGAGGGCAUCAAACUCUUGCAAGGCAAGGGUGCAAACAAAACUGGAUCAGACGCAGUAAAGCAUGCACUUGGUGAUAAGACCAUCGCCGAUGUCUGCGAAGCAAUCAUGGGUGCGGCCUUUCUCACUCAUGAUCAGCCAGGUCACUGGCAGCCUGAACAUUGGCGUGAUGCUGUCAAGGCUGUCACUAAACUUGUGGACAGUCCUGACCAUAAAAUGAUGGAAUGGGACGACUACUCUCGUACCUAUGAGAAGCCAGCAUAUCAAACUGCUGAUGCCAGAGCUGCUAAUCUGGAACUCGCCAAAAAUGUAGAGAAAGAGCAUUCUUACCGUUUCACAUACCCACGUCUGCUCCAGGCUGCCUUCCAUCAUCCCUCUUAUCCAAAUCUAUGGUCUGCUGGCAUUCCGUCGUAUCAGCGUCUCGAGUUCUUAGGCGACGCGCUUCUCGACAUGACGAGCAUUACGCAUCUGUUCUACAAUCAUCCAGACAAGGAUCCUCAGUGGCUGACUGAACAUAAAAUGGCAAUGGUGUCCAAUCAGUUCCUUGGAGCACUUUGCGUUAGACUUGGGUUUCAUAAGCAUUUGCUCUACAAUCACGACUCUUUACGGCAACAGAUUGCGAACUAUGUUACUGACAUCACUGACGCGGAAGUUGCAUCUCACGGAGCCAUGGACUACUGGACAACGGUAAAAGAAGGACCCAAGUGUCUACCUGACAUAGUCGAGGCGUACGUUGGUGCCAUGUUUAUCGAUGCUGACUUCGAUUACACCGUGGUCCAACGCUUCUUUGAUGAACACAUGAAGCCAUUCUUCGCCGACAUGGAAAUCUACGACGACUAUGCGAACAACCACCCUGUGACUCGUCUCCACAACGUAAUGCAAAAGCACUUUGGCUGCCACGAAUACAACUUGUUCAACAGCGAGGAGACAGUUGACGGUAUACAACCACUUUUCUGGUCGGGAGUGAUGAUUCACGACUCGACGCCUAUUGGAGUCUGGCGAGCAAAGUCUGGCAGAUAUGCAAACAUCAAGGCGGCAAUCAAGGCAGUGGAGGAACUCGAUGGCAUGGCGCCUUAUGAGUUCAGGGCAAAGUUUGGCUGUGACUGCCAUGAUGAGAUUAUCAACGAGGUAAAGGAUGCCAGCCACCUUUAA